CCCACCGCGGGCGGACCCUGGGCCGCGUCGGUCCCGGCCCGUCAGUCGGCCCGGCGGGGCGGGCCGCAGACCCCGCCUGGGCGUUUGCACCGGGAAGGUUGCUCCCGGAGGCGUCUGGCCGGCCGCAGGGCCGGGGCGCACAGGCUGCGGCACCAUGUUCUCCCUCAAGCCGCCCAGACCCAGCUUCAGGUCCUACCUCCUGCCGCCGCCCCAGACCGACGAUAAGAUCGGUUCCGAACCGAAGAUUAAAAAGCUGGAGCCAGUCCUUUUGCCAGGAGAAAUUGUUGUAAAUGAAGUCAAUUUUGUGAGAAAAUGCAUCGCAACAGACACAAGCCAGUAUGAUUUGUGGGGAAAGUUGAUAUGCAGUAACUUCAAAAUCUCCUUUAUUACAGAUGACCCAAUGCCAUUACAGAAAUUCCAUUACAGAAACCUUCUUCUUGGAGAACAUGAUGUCCCUUUGACAUGUAUCGAGCAGAUCGUCACAGUGAAUGACCACAAGAGGAAGCAGAAAGUCCUAGGUCCCAACCAGAAGCUGAAAUUUAAUCCAACGGAGUUAAUAAUUUAUUGUAAAGAUUUCCGAAUUGUCAGAUUUCGCUUCGAUGAAUCGGGUCCUGAAAGUGCCAAAAAGGUAUGCCUUGCAAUAGCUCAUUAUUCCCAGCCAACAGACCUCCAGCUACUCUUUGCAUUUGAAUAUGUUGGGAAAAAAUACCACAAUUCAGCCAACAAAGUUAACGGAGUAGCCUCAGGAGCAGGAGGAGUAUGGAGUGGAGCUGGCGGCGGCGGCGGCGGCAGCAGCAGCCAGAGGACGCCACUGUUCGAAACUUACUCAGACUGGGACAGAGAGAUCAAGAGGACAGGCGCUUCCGGGUGGAGAGUCUGUUCUGUCAACGAGGGUUACAUGAUAUCUACUUGCCUUCCAGAAUACUUUGUCGUGCCAAGUUCAUUAGCAGACCAAGACCUGAAGAUCUUUUCCCCUUCUUUUGUUGGAAGAAGGAUGCCAUUCUGGUGCUGGAGCCACUCCAACGGCAGUGCUCUUGUGCGAAUGGCCCUCAUCAAAGAUGUGCUGCAGCAGAGGAAGAUCGACCAGAGGAUCUGCAAUGCAAUAACUAAAAGUCAUCCACAGAGAAGUGAUGUUUACAAGUCAGACUUGGAUAAGACCUUGCCCAAUAUCCAUGAAAUACAAGCGGCAUUUGUAAAACUUAAGCAACUGUGUGUAAAUGAGCCUUUUGAAGAAACUGAGGAGAAAUGGUUGUCUUCACUGGAAAAUACUCGGUGGUUAGAAUAUGUCAGAGCUUUCCUUCAACACUCAGCAGAACUUGUGUACAUACUAGAAAGCCAGCGUCUCUCUGUAGUCCUGCAAGAGGAGGAAGGAAGAGACUUGAGUUGUCUGGUAGCUUCCCUUGUUCAAGUAAUGAUGGAUCCAUAUUUCAGGACAAUUACUGGAUUUCAGAGUCUGAUACAGAAGGAGUGGGUCAUGGUAGGAUAUCAGUUCCUAGACAGAUGCAACCACUUGAAGAGGUCAGAGAAAGAGUCUCCUUUAUUCUUGCUGUUCUUGGACACCACGUGGCAGCUGUUAGAGCAAUAUCCAGCAGCCUUCGAAUUCUCCGAGACAUACUUAGCAGUGCUGUGUGAUAGUACCCGGAUCUCACUGUUUGGCACCUUCCUGUUCAAUUCUCCUCAUCAGCGGGUGAAGCAAAGCACCGAGUUUGCUAUCAGCAAAAAUAUUCAGCUGGGUGAUGAAAAGGGCUUGAAAUUCCCCUCGGUCUGGGACUGGGCUCUUCAGUUCACAGCAAAGGAUCGGACCCUUUUCCACAACCCCUUCUACAUUGGCAAGAGCACUCCUUGUGUACAGAAUGGCUCCAGGAAGUCUCUUAAGCGCUCUAAGAAAAGUUACAGCUCCACACUGCGAGGAAUGCCGUCAUGUUUAAAGAAUGGAGUCAUCAGUGACCAAGAAUUGCUUCCGAGGAGAAACUCACUAAUACUGAAACUGAAGCCAGACCCACUUCAGCACACUGACAGCCAGAACAGUGGAGUGGAACAGUACUUUAAAGAGUGGUUUUCCAGACCAGCCAACCUACAUGGCAUUAUCCUCCCACGUCUCUCCGGAACACACAUAAAACUGUGGAAACUGUGCUACUUCCGCUGGGUCCCUGAGGCACAGAUCAACCUUGGGGGCUCCAUCAUGGCCUUCCACAAGCUCUCUCUCCUGGCUGAUGAGGUGGACAUGCUAGGCAGGAUGCUGAGGCAGCAUCGGAGCGGCCCUCUGGAAGCUUGCUAUGCAGAAUUGGACCAGAGCAGGAUGUACUUCAGAGCCACAGGUCCACACGACACUCUGGGGACACCAGAGUAUCUCUCCUCUUCAUUUCCAUUUUCUCCUGUAGGAAAUCUAUGUAGACGUAGCAUCUUAGGGACACCAUUAAGCAAAUUUUUAAGUGGGGCCAAAAUAUGGUUAUCUACUGAGACGCUAGCAAAUGAAGACUAAACCGAGGUAUUUUCUGAACAUACUGCGAGAAGCUGUACAUUUUCUCUUUGAACUGAAAUUGCUAAUCUAGGUGUUGAAAACAUCGUUUUAUAUGUAAGAAGUUUGCACUAAUAUUUAAAACGCGCUUAAUCAUGCUGCCUUCAGGUAUUCUAAGGGCAGUGUGACCUCUGGUUUUGUCCUCUGUCCUUUGGGUCUGGCCCAUUUGGGUCACUUGCAGCACACACUCCCCGCCGUCACACCUGCGAUCACAGCAGGUUUCUCUGCUAUGUGAAUUUCGUCAACAUCUGUUUUCCUACCACCUAUUAAAGGUUAUCUGAUAGUCGGAUUACAACCCAAAGAAGGUGGAUAGGAAAGUCAUAAAUUAGUUUUUAAUGCAUUUCCGGUCAUCUGAUAAAACUCCCAGCAGGCCUCAGUUGGCAUCCAUAUAUGCUUCUCUGACUGAACUUAGCUAAUGAGGGUUUGUGUUCCGGGUAAAACUUUAUUAUUUUAGUUCACCUCAUUUAGGACCUUAGAUCACUGUGUUUCAAAAUCACAAAUUUGCUUUAAUUCCAUACAACUAAGUUUUAAAAAAUGCACUGUAAUUUUAAAGCAUUCACUGUAGCUAAUUAAACCUAGAAGUGCCUUUGACAUUAAGAGUAACAAAGAAGCUAGAAUAACAGAGGGAAGUAUAAUCCCACUGUUUAAAGUUAGGGCAUUUAGACCCCACUGUAUAUCGGGAAUAGCUUCUUGCCAACAAGCCUCACCAAUAGCCAGUAGUUUUCAGAGCCACAGUUUUGUCCCUCAGGAAGUCACCCUGCAGUCUAUGGGGUACAACCCUUAAAGGCUCUUUAGGCAGCAGGUGCACAGCUCCAGCUGUGGCUGAGGGUGCCCAGUCCAUGGACAGGAGCAUGCCACACUCUCACCACGGGCUGCUGGGAGUGCUCUGGCCUCCCAUGAUCACGUCAGCUGACAUGCUGACACAGGCCAGCAUUGCUCCUUAGAAAUAACUGCUGGGGGUCACGAGAUGGACACAUGCACAGACUAGAAGACUUCCCCAACUAUUGCCAUUUUAAUACAGAGAUGCUCCCCUUCUGGCUUUGGGGGGCAAUGCCAAGAGGCUGAGAAGCCCUUGUUCCAAACCAUGCUAAGAACCUGGCCAGCUUUACAGGGCCAAGUUCAGAAGCUCCCAAGUGUUGAUGUGUGGAGGGCUUCUUUUCCCCGUUUAAAGGUGACUAUUUCCUAACGGACAAUGGCAGUGUCUUAAAUCACCACCUUGGAUUUCAAACUACUUUAUAGUAAAGUGCUGAUUUAUUUGGUUUUCUAAAACAGAAUUUCUCAAAAUAGGUUGGCCUGUGUAUGUGCUGCUUAGUCAGUUCUACUUUUUUACCUUUUCCGACUGUUUAAUAAUGUCUGCAUUUAAAGAGCACAUGUUCUUACAAGACAGCUUAAUGAGUUCUGCUCUUACGGCUGAACCUAAUGUUUCCACCCAUCUGUUGUUGACUUCUGGAAAUAGCAUUAUCAGCAGUGAGGAUGCUCCGGUCCCUUGCUGCAGAGCAGCCCUGGGCCUGAGACAUGACCACGCCACCACUGGAGCCUGAUAGUAAUUCCCCCAUUUUCAUUAAGCUGCUUUGCUACUUCUGUAAAUUGUUCUAAAUUGAUUUGAGGGUUGACAAUUUCUUUGUAAUUUUCAUCCCUCACAUUUACUUCAACUCCUUUAAGAACUUAGUUUUUGUUAACUUACAAAGAGAUCAGGUACUAUUAACACUACUUUAUGAUGGAAAUUGCAUAUUUUUGUAUGAUAAUCAAUUGUAAAUGUUUUUAUAUUUCCACUGGGUGGUUAUAUCAUGAUUAUUGUGCCACAGCUUAUUGUGCGUAAAAUUUGUAAAACAGCUCCAAAGUCCUAGUGUGGCCUGUGGGGCAGCUGCUUGGCACCUGCUAGCCAAUGACACUGUGGUGGCCGACGAGGUAAGCAUGGCUGCAUGCAGCAUACCAAAGAGCUCGAUGCCACUGUCUCAGAGGCCCUGUGGGCAGAGCCUGUGCUGGUGGUGCCCUGCAAAGGCCAUGACACUGGAUAUUCUAGUACUAAUCCUAAAGGUGGAGUGUCUUACUGUUGUUUUAUGAUGGGAACCAAUUCCAAACCAAAAAUGCCUAACUCUAUUUAAGGAAAGGACAUUAAUUUGUACUGACAGGAGAUAAAAACGGUUCAACUCAUUUUUCAACAAGAUCUUGCUGUAGCAGUAAUCUCAAGCACUUAAAACUUGGUGUUGAGACAAAACUAAAACCUUUGUGCCUAAACACAACUGAUGAACUGAAGCGGGAUGAGCAGGUUGCCCGGAUACUGCUCAACAGAAAGGAUGUAAAGGGAAUUCUGACUGCUCAAUAAAAUUUCCAUUGAAACUGUU